GGAGGCACAGCCUGAUCUGGAGAGUGGGCUGCUUUUGGCUUCAACCGAGAUGGCUGUGGGACUCCAGGUUCCCCUGCUGGCGCUCGCUGGGCUGUUGCUCUUUCUGAGCGUUGGGCCCCAGGCCGAGGGCGGGAAGGUGCUGGUGGUCCCCAUGGAAGGCAGCCACUGGCUUAGCAUGCGGAAGGCCGUGCGGGAGCUCCAUGCCAGAGGCCACCAAGCAGUGGUCGUUUCUCCAGAGGUGAAUCUACAUAUCAAGGAAGAGGACUUUUUCACCAUGAAAACCUACGACAUUCCUUAUACCCAGGAUGAAUUUAAUCACAUCUUGCUGGGCCAGAGUCACAUGAUUUUUGAAAAAGCACAUUUUCUAAAGACAUUUUGGAGAAGUAUGACAAUUCUCAAAAAUGUGUCUUUGCUCUUUCAAAAGUCUUGUGAGGUGCUGAUGUAUGACAAGGACCUGAUCAGGCACCUGAAUGCCAGUUCCUUUGACGUGGUUUUAACUGACCCCGUUUACCCCUGCGGGGCAGUGCUGGCUGAGUACCUGAAGAUUCCUGCUGUGUUCUUUUUGCGUGCCCUUCCAUGUGACUUAGAUUCUGAGAGCACACAGUGCCCAAACCCUUCCUCAUAUGUUCCUAGGCUUUUAACAACAAAUUCAGACCACAUGACAUUCCUGCAAAGAGUCAAGAAUAUGCUCUACCCUCUGGCCCUGAAGUACAUUUGCCACGUUUCUCUGAGUCCUUAUGCAAGCCUGGCCUCUAAGCUUCUUCAGAGAGACGUGUCACUGGUGGAUAUUUUGGGCUCUGCAUCCGUGUGGCUGUUCAGAGAUGACUUUGUGUUGGACUACCCCAGGCCGAUCAUGCCCAACAUGGUCUUUAUUGGGGGCAUAAACUGUGCCAACAGGAAGCCAUUAUCUCAGGAAUUUGAAGCCUAUAUCAAUGCUUCUGGAGAACAUGGAAUUGUGGUUUUCUCUUUGGGCUCCAUGGUCUCAGAGAUUCCGGAGAAGAAAGCGAUGGAAAUUGCUGAUGCUUUAGGCAGAAUACCUCAGACAGUCCUGUGGCGGUACACGGGAACUCCACCACCAAAUCUUUCAAAGAAUACAAUCCUUGUCAAGUGGCUGCCCCAAAAUGAUCUGCUUGGUCACCCGAAGACUCGUGCCUUUAUUACACAUUCUGGCUCCCAUGGUAUAUAUGAAGGAAUAUGCAAUGGCGUUCCAAUGGUGAUGAUGCCCUUGUUUGGUGAUCAGAUGGACAAUGCGAAGCGCAUGGAGACCAGGGGAGCUGGAGUGUCCUUGAACGUCCUGGAAAUGACUUCUGACGAUUUAGCAAAUGCCCUAAAAGCUGUCAUCAAUGACAAACGCUAUAAAGAAAACAUCAUGCGCCUCUCCAGCAUUCACAAGGACCGCCCCGUGGAGCCACUGGACCUGGCAGUGUUCUGGGUGGAGUUCGUGAUGAGGCACAAAGGGGCCCCGCACCUGCGCCCUGCGGCCCACGACCUCACGUGGUACCAGUACCACUCUUUGGACGUGAUUGGCUUCCUCCUGGCCGUCGUGCUGGGAGUUGCCUUCAUCACCUAUAAAUCUUGUGUCUUCGGCUACCAGAAGUGCUUCGGGAAAAAGGGGCAAGCUAAGAAAUCUCAGAAAUCCAAGACACACUGAGAAGUGGGUGGGAAAUGAGGUGACCCAAACUUGCAAAUGGAGUCAGCAUGAAAUUCAUGUUAUGCUUAUUCAAGAAAUACUGAGCCAUAAGUUAAACAGCCCCGAGUGUUUUUAAAAAUAAAAACAAUCUAAUUGUUUGUCUAAUUGCUAGAGAUAUUUGAAUAUGUUUUCUGCUCCUUCCAAUAUCUUUAACUUGGACUCACUUGUCAUCUAUCAAAUGACUUGCCAAGAGGGUUGGACAGGUCUCUCUUUCAUCCUGCAUUACUUUUCUUACUCAGAUGCGGCCUGUUUGGGAGCGCAGGUUUCAGAGGUUGUCCCACGGCUGCCCCAACCUUGGAUGACGUUUCUAACAUCAUCAUCUGGCUUCCAUAGACUGUUGUGAUUAAUUCCUUCACCAAUAAUGGCAGGUCCUGAUUUAUGCUCAUGCUUCACAGAUGUCACUUGGUGUAUUUAAAGAAGGAAGCGUUUAUUCCUUUAGAGCAUAGUUCCUUGUACUUGAAAUAAA